AUGCGACCAGUGGGUUUGAGUAGUUUCACCGCUCACCCUACCGUAGCAUCCUCUACAGUAGUUCUCUCUUCUCCAACAUCACAUCAGCUACAACAACAACAACAUCAUUCAAUGAACAUGAACAACAAUAAUGGUCAGCAUCAGCAUCACCAUCAACCAUACAAUAAUCACUCAGGUAGUCUCAUUGGCAAUAAUACCAUGCCAUUGGGAUCCCCUCAGAAAGCGGUUAAGAGGCCAGCCAUGAUUCAUGUUGGAGCCUAUCAGGGAGGUUUUGGGCUUGUACCUCCGAGCCAUUCGGGAGGAAAUGAAGCACAACCCUCAAACAUGGUAUCUCCGAGUGCCUUGACCUCUCCCAAUAAUUAUUCCAAUGGAUCAUCCAUAAUGACCUCUCCCUCUAACAGCAAGACACCAGUUGGGAGCUCUACCUCUACGAACGCCACUUUCGUACAACACAAUACCAUGUCUGUCAUUAAUACUUCUGGGCCAAGAACACCAUCUGGAAAAUCGAAAAAACCUCUCAUGGAAAAUGGAAUAACAUCACCCAAAGUAUUCCGAUCAACAGCCUUAUCAAUGAUCCCGUCAACACCUCCCAAGUCAAGUCAACAACAACAAUCUGCACAGACUUCACCAGUUCUGACAUCUCCUGGCGCGUUAACCUCUCCAUUCAAAGAAAUUCCAUCUCCUCUCGUUCGAAGUUCGAAUACAGCCAUUGAACCGCGAAGAAAUGUUCAAUCUUCGGCUAACAAUGGCAUGGGUAAAAUCACUCGACAUUUGAGCGCCUCUUCUUCACCUUCUUCUUCAUCAUCGUCAUCUGCCAGCAGCAACGGUAGCAGUAAAAGUUCGACAACCCCCAGUAAAAAGUCCAUUAUGGAGGAAUUAAAAAUUGAUAAGGUCAAAAAUCCCUUGCACCGAUGUAUAUCCGUUCAUGCAAUCCCAUCCAUCUCUGGCAUUUACGACAACCUUUUCAACAAUCAAUCUCGAAAGCUCUCCUAUUCUUCAGCAAGCGCACAAGGCAAAAGACCCUCAAUGGAAGACGAGCACUUCUUUGUGAAGAACAUUGAAGAGGCACUCGGUCAGCCACCAACAUUUAGAUUUCAUGCAAUGUUUGGCGUUUUUGAUGGCCAUUGUGGCUCAGAAUGUGCACAACAUUGUAAGGAGACAUUAUUUCAAAUUUUGGCAAAGAAUCGAUGUUUCUUGCAAGAUAUUGUAAGAUCAUUUGUUGAGAGUUUUGAGGCUUGUGACAUGGAAUUUAAGCAAAAAUUGUUUGGAGGUUCAGAUGAUUCACUUUUUUCAGCCGAGGAAUAUUAUGCUGGUUGUACAGCUAAUGUUUGUGUGUUAAGGAAUGAUGAUUUAUUUGUGGCAAAUCUCGGAGACACGAGGUGUGUUCUCGCUCAUAAAGGUUUUGCCAUUCAGCUUUCAGAAGAUCAUAAACCUAACAAUAAGGACGAACGAUUGAGGAUUGAAAAAAAUGGAGGAAUAGUUUCCUUCGGAAGAGUGAAUGGAGCUCUGGCAGUUUCUAGAGCUUUUGGAGAUUUUGAGUUUAAAAAGAAGGGUUCAAAUCUUGUGAGCGUUGUUCCCGAUGUUUCUCACUUCAUUCUCACCAAAGAUUCUGACUUUAUUAUUAUUGCAUGUGACGGUCUGUGGGACGUCAUGUCCUCAGCAGAAGCAGUCAAACAUGUUUACAAUUACCUUCAACAAUUCAAAGAUCCAAGGAAAGCAUGUGAAAAACUUGUUGAAAAGGCUCUCAAAGAUGGUUCCAUGGAUAACAUCACUGUUAUUUUAAUUCUCUUGAAGGAAUUGAAUAAAACGUGA